UUUUGAGCAUGUUUGAGAUGCAAUCAGUUCGGUCUAGCUUUUUGUAACCCUUUUAGUUAAUCUGAUAAUUACUGUGUUUAUAUAAGAAACUAACUGUAUAUAUUAAGGUUUCGUUGUUUUUUAGUUAGUUUUGGGACAAGUCUGUUGUUGUCGUGUGUUGCCGUCUUUCACAUGCAGCUGCAGCGCUGUCAGUCAGGCUCGAGAUCAACAGUUGUCGCGUCCUCUUUUAGAAACACGCUCGUGUCCCACAGCUCAGAAGGAUACGCGCGUGAAAAGAUUCAGAAAAUUACAUUUAUCGGACAAUGACAGACUAGAAUGGCUGUUUUCAAACAACAGCAGGUUGAACAUUUCUACGAGAUUGGAGAGGAACUUGGAAGUGGGCAGUUUGCGAUUGUUAAACAAUGUCGAGAAAAAAGCUCAGGCCGGGACUUUGCAGCAAAGUUCAUAAAAAAGCGUCAGAGUAAUGCCAGUAGACGAGGUGUGUUGCGAGAAGAGAUCGAGCGGGAAGUCAACAUCCUGAAGCAGAUACACCAUCCCAAUAUUGUAAUGCUGCAUGAUGUGUAUGAGAACAAGACAGAUGUGGUGCUGAUUUUGGAGCUAGUGUCUGGAGGAGAGCUUUUCGACUUUCUGGCUCAGAAAGAGUCUUUAAGUGAGGAGGAGGCCACACAGUUUAUCAGACAAAUUCUGGAGGGGGUGCACUAUCUGCACACAAGGAAUAUCGCUCAUUUUGACCUGAAGCCCGAAAACAUCAUGCUUCUGGAUAAGAAUGUUCCCCUGCCCCGAAUCAAACUCAUUGAUUUUGGCUUGGCCCACAAAAUUGCUGAGGGGGUGGAAUUUAAAAACAUCUUUGGAACGCCAGAAUUUGUUGCUCCGGAAAUUGUAAAUUAUGAACCACUGGGACUUGAAGCAGAUAUGUGGAGUAUUGGUGUUAUUACAUAUAUUCUGUUGAGCGGGGCAUCUCCUUUCCUAGGAGAAACAAAGCAAGACACACUGGGAAAUAUCUCAGCCAUGAACUAUGAGUUUGACGAUGAGUUCUUUGGCCACACCAGUGAGCUUGCCAAAAAUUUUAUACGACAACUGUUGGAAAAAGACACCAAAAAAAGACUCACGAUUCAAGAUGCCCUGAACCACCCUUGGAUCAAGUCUAAUGAGCACAAGGACGAGCGCAGUAAAGCUCCAGAGAGAAAGAGAGAGCGAAGGCAGCUGAAGACCAAACGACUCAAGGAGUACACCAUUAAGUCCCACUCCAGUAUGCCUCCUAAUAACACCUACGUCAACUUUGAACGCUUUGCUCAGGUGGAGGAGGAAAUCUCAACCAUGGAAAGCAGCUUCUGCCAAUUGGCCUCGACCCAAGACUCCCUGCAGGAAGACAUUGAUGCUAUGGUGUCCGUCUACAACGAGAAGGAGAUGUGGUACAAAGAGGAGAGCGAAAGCAUCCGACAUGAGUUAUCCCAGCUUCGUUACGAGUUUCGUAAAGUCGAGGCACAGAGGAAAAGCGUUGAGGAAGACAUGAAGAGCGUGGAUGCCAGCGUUAGCAGGGUUAGUGAGCAGUAUAAGGAGAGGCAAACACGGUUCGAUGCCCUGCAGGUCGAGCUGUGUGCCGAGCUGCAGUGGGUGCAGGAGGUGGUGGCAUCGUUUCAGGUCACUUUCCCGAACUGUAGCUUUAGCAGCGUGUUUAAUACUGAUGUCAAUGAAGCACUGAAAGAGUUGUUGAAUAGAUCAUGUGGAGGAGAUUUGCUGACAGGUAGCAACCUGGACCAGCAGAGAUAACAUUCAUAAUGAAAAAAUUAUCGAUAUAUAAACACAUAUUAAACACUCUGACUUGACUAGAAGAGUCUUAAAGAGCAGUUAUGCUCAGUUGGAGUAGCUGAUACAUGAAAUAUAAGAUGCUAUUAUGUACACUUACCUAAAGGAUUAUUAGGAACACCUGUUCAAUUUCUCAUUAAUGCAAUUAUCUAAACAACCAAUCACAUGGCAGUUGCUUCAAUGCAUUUAGGGGUGUGGUCCUGGUCAAGACAAUCUCCUGAACUCCAAACUGAAUGUCAGAAUGGGAAAGAAAGGUGAUUUAAGCUAUUUUGAGGGUGGCAUAGUUGUUGGUGCCAGACGGACCGGUCUGAUUAUUUCAGAAUCUGCUCAUUUACUGGGAUUUUCACACCCAAUAAUUUCUAGGGUUUACAAAGAAUGGUGUGAAAAGGGCAAACAUUGAGUAUGCGGCAGUCCUGUGGGCGAAAAUGACUUGUUGAUGCUAAAGGUCAGAGGAGAAUGGGCCAACUGAUUCAAGCUGAUAGAAGAGCAACUUUCACUGAAAUAACCACUCGUUACAACCGAGGUAUGCAGCAAAGCAUUUGUGAAGCCACAACACUUAUCUCCACUACAAAUAGAAAAAAGAGGCUACAAUUUGCACAAGCUCACCAAAAUUGGACAUUUGAAGACUGGAAAAAUGUUGCCUGGUCUGAUGAGUCUCGACUUCUGUUGAGACAUUCUGAUGGUAGAGUCAAAAUUUGGUGUAAACAGAAUGAGAACAUGGAUCCAUCAUGCCUUUUUACCACUGUGCAGGCUGGUGGUGCUAUUAUGGUGUGGGGGAUGUUUUCUUGGCACACUUUAGGCCCCUUAGUGCCAAUUGGGCAUCGUUUAAAUGCCAAGGCCUACCUGAGCAUUGUUUCUGACCAUGUCCAUCCCUUUAUGACCACCAUGUACCCAUCCUCUGAUGGCUACUUCCAGCAGGAUAAUGCAUCAUGGCCCAAAGUUUGAAUCAUUUCAAUUUGGUUACUUGAACAUGACAAUGACUUCACUGUACAAAAAUGGCCCCCACAGUCACCAGAUCUCAACCCAAUAGAGCAUCUUUGGGAUGUGGUGGAACGGGAGCUUCGUGCCCUGGAUGUGCAUCCCACAAAUCUCCAUCAACUGCAAGAUGCUAUCCUAUCAAUAUGGACCAACAUUUCUAAAGAAUGCUUUCAGCACCUUGUUGAAAUAAUGCCACGUAGAAUUAAGGCAGUUCUGAAGGCGAAAGGGGGUCAAACACAGUAUUGGUAAGGUGUUCCUAAUAAUCCUUUAGGUGAGUGUAUAUCCAUGCUCCAAACUAGCUUGUCCUCUAUAGAGAUGCUAUUUAUAUAUUUAUAUUUAUAAUUUAAACAGUUUCCAGUUUUAAGUUUAAGUGGUUAAAUUUGAAUAAAAAUUUAUUUCAUAUUGUUUUUAAAUGCUGCUCCAAAGCUCAUUUGAAUGAUUUUUCCUUUAGUUUCACUGUAAAACAUAUCUGAUCUAGUGAUGAGCUGUUAAAACUGUGAGAUUUUACAUUAUGUUUUCUUAAUAAAUAAUUAAAAUCAUUGCAUGGUCUGUAAA